AUGCUUUCUUCAACUUCGUUAAUACCGAGAGAUUUUCCAGAGCAUCACAACCACAACUUAGAUUCUUAUCAACAAACACAGAAUAUAACAUUUGAAAAUAAUGGUAAUAGCAAUAAUGGCAAAGAUAAAGGUUCUAAAGAGCCCUCCCCAACAUUAUAUGAUGAUGCUAAUUAUUCACCCAUAUGGCAUUGUGUAGUAGCAGGAGGUUUUGGCGGUGCCAUAGGCGAUACGCUUAUGCAUUCCUUAGAUACCCUUAAAACAAGACAGCAAGCUACAACAACAAGUACCAAGACUAUUAAGACUUUGGCUGCUAUAAAAAACGGCGAACAUAUUACUUUUAUGAGUAUUUUGCGUACAGAAGGGAUAACGAGGGGGCUUUAUAGUGGAUAUACAGCUGCAAUGUUAGGUUCUUUCCCAAAUGCAGCUAUAUUUUUUGGUACGUAUGAAUCAUUGAAAAGAGCAAUGAUUGAUAAGAAUGGUUACAAUGAAACAUUUUCACAUUUAACAGCCGGGUUUAUGGGUGACUUAGUCAGUAGUUUUAUUUAUGUUCCUAGUGAAGUGUUGAAAACGAGAUUACAACUACAGGGAAGAUUUAAUAGGAAAUUAUUUGGUUAUAACGGCUUACGAGAUGCAAUAUACAAAAUUUAUAAAAACGAAGGUCUGAGUGCCUUUUUUUUUGGUUAUAAAGCUACUUUGUGGAGAGAUUUACCAUUUAGUGCUCUACAAUUUGCUUUUUAUGAAAAAUUUAGACAGUACGCUACAGAGCUUGAAAAAAUCAGUGAAAAUGAUUAUAAUGUGGAAGAUCAUAGUAAAGAACUGAGUUUAAUCUCUGAAUUAGCAACAGGAGCGGCUGCUGGUGGCUUAGCUGGGAUUUUGACAACACCGAUGGAUGUGAUAAAAACAAGAAUCCAAACAAGCAAUGAACCUGUAAAUAAAGAUAAUAAAGUUGCUAGGUGUAAUAACAUUGAUAAUUUGAACUUGAGAAAGAAAAGCAUAACCACACUAAGCAAUACUAAUAUUGAUAAUAGCACAAGUUUGAAAUCCACCUCUAGUAUGUUACGCGGUCUACUGAAUGUGUACCAAUCUGAGGGGAUCAAUGGGUUUUUCAGUGGUGUAGGUCCUAGGUUUGUAUGGACUAGUAUUCAAAGUAGUGUAAUGUUAUUAUUGUACCAAGUUUGUUUGAAAGAGUUAAAUAGAGUAACCGCACGGGAUAAAAAGCUUUUAUGUUAA